UUAUAGAGCUUGUAUAAAGUGCAUUCUCUUAUUCCUUAGUUAUAUACUCUACACACGACUACACAAUUAACCUUUUUCUGUAUGUUGAAAAUCACUUAAUCUCUUUUACUUAGUAAAAUAAAAUUAAUCAAAUAUGCAUUUAUACAAAAUGCAUAGAAAGAUUACAAAUUUAAAAAAAAUUCUAAUAAGAAGAUAUUCUCAAGCCGCAUUGCUCGACCAGAAUGAAUAUACUGAAACACCCGAGUAUCCGCCUAUAUUGGAUAUGUCUUUGAAAGCCAGAAAACUGAGAGAAAGAGAAAAACUUCAUGAAAAAAUUAAGAAUGUAAAUACUGUAGAAGAAAAACAAAUAGCUUUAAAUAUGCCACGUUAUUACGGAUGGAAAUGUGUCAUGCUUCACGAAGAUAAAGUACCAUAUAAUGCUAUGCCUAUGAUACAGUGCUAUACAAGAAGUCAUUUUAUACCUAUUGAAAAACUUCCUCCUACCUACACAGAAUCGGCUUUAACAGCAGAAAUAGUAGUGAAAGAAAUAAAAAAUCUUGUCGAAGAUGCUAUUUGUAUUGAACAUGAAGGGGUUGACCAUAGUUUUGCUGUUACAUUAGAAAAACCUGUAGAAUCACAAAAAUCAGAUGCCUUAGCUAAUGUUUUGGUAAAACAAAUCAACAGAAUUAUUACUAAUAAUCUUGCAGAUAAAGUCCCCCAUAUAUUAUCAGCCCAAGUAGAUUAUGAUCCACGUCAUGAGGCAUUCUGGUUUGUGGGUGGAGUUGAUGUGCCUUCAAAUGUUAUCAAAUGGAGAAAACAGUAUCCCUGGUUGAAGGAUCGUCUUGAUGAACCUGUUGACAGACCUGUGCAAUAUUUAGGUGCACCAUUUUUAGCAAUGAGAAGUCACUUCCCAUUAAAACCUAUUCUUGAAUAUAGUGAGGCAGAAAAUCCUGAAUUCAAAGUUCCUAAGUUUACAUAUAAACCAGACACAGUGGGUUACUUUCAUGCAUAUAGACACGGAACAAAUAUACCGGGUUACUGGCCUGGUGAUCAUGAUGAGUUUGGAUUACUGUCUUAUCAUGGACGUGGUCAUAUAUUAAAUAGAAAUGUUUCAUUUGGUACUGAAGAUAAUUUAGAAGCGUUACAUUGUCAAGCUAUGUUAGCUAGUUUUGGUUGGCUUUUGGCUCAAGCAAAUUAUCAAGGUUUCACCACAUACAAUGAUUUGACAUAUCCCUUGGUAACUCAGACGAUCAUAACUGACGGCCAAUUGUGGUCGUUUUAUGCUUAUCAAUUAAAUACAAUCCUUAUGCAUAACGAAAAAAUAGAUGAGAACCCAAAACAUAACAUUUGUUUUGGUACUAAACCCUUGAAACUAUAUGAAAAAGUAGAAAAUGGAAAAGUUUAUGGUUUUAAUGAAGAUGUGUUAAAAUUACUUGUUCAAUUAUAUUUAAAUACACCAGAAGAACGCGAGUAUGAUCUAAAACCAUACUUGGGGAGAGAGGAGCAAGUCAUUGCUGACAUUGAAGAUGAUAAUAAACGAUGUUGGUUGGAAAAGAGAUAUAAACAUUUAGUUUCCAACAGACCUAAACAUUUGUUGUUACCUGAAAUAUACUUAUGGGAAAAAAUAUACAAAAUUGAACAUAAAACUAGAUUCUUUGAGCCAAACAGAAGACCAUUUGAAUUAGGUAUUAAUCCAUUCAAAAGACGUUUAAAUGAACAUCUUCCACCAUAUAUACCUAAAGCUCUUAGGCCUUAUCCAAAGCAUAAAAAGAAAUUUGAAACAACAUAUUAUCCCGAUGUUUAAGUUUCAUUGUUUUAAAUGCAUUAGAAUGUAAAUUAAAUAUAGUGUAUUUA